AUGGCAUUGGCAAAAAUCAGGAAUUGGAUGACCUCCUGUUCUCAGGAGCAUGCUUCAUGCAACUCUUUGAAGAACCCAAUUUUGCCAAGAUUCGUCGUUCAACUACGAAGCUCCCCUAGUGAUCAAGGCAAUGAUAAUUUGAAUCCAAUCUUGCGGAUCACAGAGAGUGAAUUAUCAGAAAAGGCACCCUACAUUGCUUUCAGCUACCCUUGGGGAGUCAGAAAACAACCAGUUCAGCUUAUGAAAAAUAACAUCAACGAGAUGAAACACUUCAUUAACUACAAGUCCCUCCCAAGAGCAAUCAAAGACAUCAUACGACUCUCUCAAAAGUUCGAAAUAAAUUACAUUUGGAUCGACGUCCUCUGUAUUGUGCAAGACGAUCCAAAAGUUAAGAAAGAGCAGAUACACCGGAUGAAAAAUAUCUUCGAGAACUCGAGUCUCACGGUUCAGGCCUUGAACAUCAAAUCUGUGCACGAGAGUUUCCUCUUACCACGAAACCAUCACGUCCAUGAGCCACUCAAGCUCAAGUAUAAUGAGAACAAUCAUAUAUAUUUGCGUGACUUUAAACCUCAGACUGCUCCGACAGAUUCAACGGGAAACCGAGCGUGGAUGUAUGAAGAAGCUGUACUUCCUUCGAGACUACUGGUUUACUACAGAGAUCAGUUUACCUUCCGAUGCGGAGGGCAAACGCAGUACGAGGAUGGGUGUCAACACGAGUCGUUUUCUUUAUCAAAUCCGAGCGAUUCACGUCCACUCAUAAUUUCAAAAUCCCCAGCGCCGCCAGAUGGAAGACUGGACUACCUAGCCGAUUGGUACAAAAAUAUUUUGGCUAGUUACAUGCCUAGACUCCUUACCGAUCCGCACGAUAGACUUCCCGCCAUUGGUGGAGUCGCGCAAAAGGUCAAGCCAUACAUAGGAGGACGCUAUAUUGCUGGGAUUUGGGAGUCGGAUCUUUCAUGGGGCCUGCUCUGGGAAUCUGACAAUGGAAAAGCCAAAAGCGUUAGCCGAAAGAUGGAGCGGCCUAUUGAGAGGCGAGCCCCUUCAUGGUCAUGGGCUUCUGUUGAUGGCAGUGUAAGAUAUGAAUUUUUCAAACGAGAGAAGCACAUGACAGGGAUGGAAGAAAUCUCACGUUCGAUUUCCAUGGAUAGCAUUCAGGUCGAUGAUGAUGGAGAUAUUCUCAAUUACAAAAUUUUGAGUGUCUCAGCCCGAAUCUUUUAUGCAUACUUUCAGAUUAUCGAGAACUCACGUCGCCGUUUCCUCGUCGCGAGGCGGACAUUUGAUUCGGCGAAGAAUGAACGGAGUGAUUUCCCGACUCAAGAAGAACUCAAUAGUUCGUAUGCCCGUGCUAAACUUGAUAUUACGGAUGAAGAGUGUCAGCACAUAUGGGUAUGGGGGCUACUUUUAAGUCACUCUGUCGGUUUGGUUGUUGAGCCCGUUGGAUGGAGAGAAGGGAAAAGAGUUUUCAAAAGACUGGGAGUGUUCAAUGUGAUUGAGAAGUUCUGGCAUUCAGGUUUGAACGAGCCUCGACAAGGAGCUUUUCUUGUCUAA